UUUGAAUGUUGCGGUGUUCGAGGAUAUCGCGAUUGGCUCUAUUCAUCGUGGGGACGAGAUGUGCCCGGAAGAACCGAACUUGGUAUAGGUUAUUCGGACAUUGGCAAGGUGCCUCGAUCAUGCUGCAACGAGCAGGGCCUACGCGAUUAUCCGAUCGAUUGUGGACUGAGUUUCGAUAAACUUGAAUUAUGGACCUACGAACCAUUCAUGCAUACGAAGGGUUGCAGUGAAGCACUGUACGAUGCAGUAAACAGUCAUUUGGAUAUUGCAAUUGCAGUAUGCGUCAUUCUGGGCGCUAUUGAGGUACAAUUUGCUUUGAUCAGCUGCUGCUGCUGUUGUUGUUUCAUCUUUGUAGUAUCAAUUUUGCAUUGUUAG